AUGGAACCAAGAACCCACAUUUUUCUGUUGCUUUCGACAGGCAUCUCGAUCCCCACCAUCACGAAAAUCAAGGCCAUGAGGUUCACCAAGAGCUGCCUCUCUUUCUUCUUCCUCCCAGCCCUUUUGGUCUCAGGAGAAGGCUCCGUACGUAAGCUGCAGGAGGCCCCCCCCAAUGAUGUUUGUGAAUCGGCCAUCUUGGUGAAUGCCAGCAGCGUCUUGGCGGGCACUGCGAUCACAGGAAGCACCGCCAAUGCCGAGCUGGAUUCGAUACGAUGCACUCCUCAACGAACCGCAGUCUAUUACAAGUUUCGUAGUACUGGUGCCCGCUACAGGGUGACGACGUGUCAUGACGCUACCGAUUACGACUCCGCUCUUAUUGUUGACAAUGGAAAUUGUGACAACUUUGGCUGCCAGGAUCACUCGAAUGAACACGACUUUGACUGCGAUCCCGCAGGGAUGGGUGCCACUGUGGAGUUUUAUGCAGAGCCGGACUCCCUGUAUACCGUCGCUGUGACAGGAACUACUGUGGCCGGAUCUGGUAAUUUUGGAUUGAGCAUCCAGGAAUAUGUCGUGCCAGAAAAUAAUGCUUGCGAAGACUCCACAUUGAUUCAGCCAACCAAUCAUGGAGGCAUCACCGUGUUGGGGAGUACCGCCAACGCCACCUUCAACGACUUUCGUUGCGAGGUGGGCGACAAGCUGGCAGUUUAUUACAGGUUUGUGGGCACUGGAGGACCCAUCCUUAUCAGUACCUGCAGCAAUGAAACCAACUUCAACUCGGCACUCGCCGUAAUGGAAGACUGCAGCAGCUGCCCCCUGCAUACAAGUGACCACGAUUUUGACUGCGAUGAGGAAGGGAUGGGCAGCACCAUUGAGUUCCUAUCCGAGGAAAACGUCCCCUAUAUCGUUGCUGUUCGUGGAGUCACUGCAAACGACGCAGGAGACUUUGGAUUGAUGGUGCAUGAGUUUGUUCGCCCUUCCAAUGACGUUUGCACAGAGGCCAUCCGCAUCCAACCGGCAACUAAACAACCGGGGUCCCAGGAGGUUUUGGAUAUCCCAGUCGCAAGCAGUAAACAAGAACAAGAUGACAACAACAACAUCACAGCUACAUUUGAAGCCAUGUCUAUGGUCUACACGACCACUGUGGCGUAUGGCAGUACUUCCAACUCCACCACCUCCAGUUUCCGGUGCAACACGGGAGACUAUGCGGUCGCGUUCUACACCAUCGCGGGAACUGGGCAACGCAUGAGAGCCAGCACUUGCACUCGAGAAGUCGAGCUUGACUUCGAUACAGAGAUCGUUGUUACGACUGGUCUAUGUGAUAGCGGAAAUCCCACUGCUUGCAAUGCUUGGUGGAACGAGCAUGACUUUGAGUGUCAACACUCUCCAUCAGGGCUUGCCUCUACAGUGGAAUGGGAGACGGAACCCAACACCAUUUACACGGUGGCUGUCCGUGGGCUGGACGGAUCACAACGUGGUGAUUUUGGCUUGAGUUUGGAAGCCUUUGGCAAUGCGACCACGUCGGGCGGUACCGGUACUUGCCGUUGGGUGCAAGUCUGUGAUUGAUAGCAGGAGCAUGAUGGACGAAGGGACUUGCUUUAGUUUUGUGUUUUGUGUUGAUGUAGCAGACGAUCAACGAGCGAUUUGGGCGCAAAGGAGUCUGAAGUGUGCCCUCGAUAGACGAUUCUGGGUGUCUUUUGCUGCAUGUCUUGCGUGUUCCUUGCCUUGUUGUGCCCAAAGAAUCUGUUCGCCGGACGGUGCGGUUGCGCCAAUCUGUGCUGUAUCCUCGUGUGCCACUCCAAUAAUGUACAUGUAGAAUGAGAUCUAAGCCUAGAGUAUGCAUACAACGACCCUGGCAGGUGGUGGACGGUGGCAACUGGCGCCGUAGCAUUGGGUUAUUGUAAUGCAUGAACCAUAUGGUGAAUCCGCGACCAGUCGGAAGAUUUGGCUGGUACCAAUGCAAUUUCAACCAUGACAUGGAACGAUUUGCGCUUUGUAGUCGCUACAUGCUACCUAUAACAUACCUUUACAUAUACACAAAAUAUUGUCCGAACAGUCCUA